AUGGCUAGUAAUUGUUCCAAUUCUAUUCCAAUAUUCGAUUAUCACCAUCAUAAUGGUAAUAAAACAUCAAAUUCUAAUAAUAAAUCUGCUUUAUUACGUGAACAAUUUUUCAGUUCUAUGCUAGGUGACAGUAAUACACAACAGCAUCAACCAUCUCUGGAAUCAGAAUUGUCUAGGAAACCAAAGGUUUUACUGCAAUACGGAGAUUUAUGA